GGAACAAUCAUCUCCGCGAUGACCUCCUCCGCCAGUCCUGAUAUCACACGCUACUUCAACCGGGGACCGCUCACAACCACUUUUACCCCGCCAACAACAUGCCUCCAGACCUUGUCCGAGGUCGUCUACUAUGUGGAUGGCACAGCUGAGUCCACAACAUACUACGGGCACUGGUAUGGGGACAACACAGGUUACACAUGUUUCCCCACAGGCACCGUGCCUGGCACUCUACUUGCUUCCCCGACAUACUGGGACACAUACUGGUACUCACCAGGUCUUUGCUGUCCCACUGGAUGGACUACUGCAGGCCAACUGGCCGGAUCAUGGGAUGGGUUAGAUGUGACCGGCAGCACGAGUGGUGCUAUUUGCUGUCCUUCGGGCAUGAACUUUUACUCGGAAAAUCAUGAGUGCAGCCAAGUCCUAUCAGCAAAAGACACCAUUACAAUUGCAAAGGCCGGUGUAGCGAUCGAAUCCAUCCUGACGACUCCAAUCACCGUUUAUGCGGACGGAAUUCCACUGAUUUGGGACAAAUCCGAUCUUCCAAGUACAACAAGCGCAUCAACAACACCGUUGUCAACACAAACAUCAACCGCAGCCAGCGCGACGGCAACAAACCCGUCCAACAAUAAUCAAAAUGGUGGCUUAUCAGAAGGAGCCAAGAUCGGCAUUGGAAUCGGGGUCCCUGUGGCGGCCAUUGCAAUAGGAGCGGCGAUAUUUUUCUACUUCCUCAAACGAAACAAAAGGGCCAAAGAGGAGCCUCGCGCAGAGGUAUAUGCUACUCCACGAAGUCGCGGGACGCUCUCGGAGAUUGCGAGUAAAGAGAAUUCUGAGCCGUCGGAGCUCGCUCGUAGGGAAGAUCGUUCGGAGCUUCCUUCGAGCACUCCGACUCGUGUGCUUGAAUUGGCAUGA